AUGGGUGACUGUAUAAUGUUGUUGUGUUCGUACGAUAACAAGAACGUUGUUGUUGUGGUGUGUGUUGAUUUAACGUUUAGAAGAUUCACCACUCAUGUAUGCGAACGUUUCGAUGGACUGACGCCUACUUCGGUUUCCCUGUCAUUUAAGAUCCCAGGUUACAAUAAUUUCAAAAUGGAGAGCGAGGCAGACUUCCAAAGCAUGUUAUCUCUUGCUAGGUCUUUUCAGCUAGAUCACAUUGAUGUCGAUAUAAUAGUUUGUGGUGCAUCUUGGGGUGUCAAAUGUGGACGUAGUUUAACACAUGGGCACGAUGACACAGGUGGGGACGGUGGGGAAAUGGUCACAAAUAUUGAUGAGGAGGCUGAUUUGCUACCUAAUUUUUGCCAACAUGCAGGAAAUGUAUUAUUGUCGGCGGAUUGGGCGGGUGGCAUAACUCAUAUCGGGCAAUGUUUCGAGGGUGGGCCAACUGAAUUUCGCAAGGUACUCAGCAAAUACGCCAUUGAAUGUGGGUUUCCAUUUAGGUUCCGAAAGAAUGACUUGGUUCGUAUUACGGCGGAAUGCAUGUUUAGCGACUCAAGGGGGUGUUUGUGGUCCAUCCAUGCGAGGGUGUUGAAUGCGAAUGGAUUUUUUUAUCUGAAAAAGUGGUGUCGCGACCACACGUGUGGGGUUGCUGUGCGCACUGACAGGAACCCGAGGAUGGGAUCCGAGUUUGUUGCAGAUGUUAUUACGGAACGUGUGCAUGACAAUCCAUUGACUCGCCCUACCGAUGUCAAAUAUGAUUUCAAAAAAGCAUACGGGUUGCAAAUUAGUUACCGUGUAGCUUGGUUGGGUGUUGAAAAGGCCAGAGGAGAACUUUAUAGCGAUCAUUCCAUGUCAUUUGACCAGUUGCGUUGGUACAGCGACGCCAUUAUGGAAUAUAACCCCGAAAGUCUAUUCCCGGUCGCAUUUGCAAUUGUUGAUUCUGAAAAUGCAGUGAAUUGGGCUUGGUUCUUACAAAAUUUGGCUAAUGUAGUUGAUGGGGAUCGGAACUUGACAUUUGUUUUUGAUCGGCACGUCGGUAUCAUCGAAUCUUUGCCCACCGUGUUCCCGUCUGCCCACCACGCUUUUUGUAUGCAACAAUUACAAAGGAAUUUGAAGGACAAGAUAAAGUAUGUGAACAAAUUGUACCGUAUUGGGUUGGUAAGUAAAUUGCGGGAAUGUACAUACGCACCAACCGUUGCUGACUUUAAUGAAAAAAUAGAGGUGUUUAUACAGUCCGGAAGGCACAUUGCUGUCAAUUUCUUACAGGAUCUAAAGCCGUACCACUGGGCCAACGUGUACUUCAGGGGCAACCGUUAUGGUGAGAUGUGUUCGAACGCUGCCGAAUCAUUCAACAAUUGGAUAAAGGAAGCACGCCAUUUACCAAUCACCCGAAUGGCUGAUGCAAUUAGGACACAGAUUAUGAAUCAGAUGUCCGACCGUAGGGGAGCUUCAAGUUCCUGGGCUGGUGUAAUAUGUCCGAAGAUGGAAUACAAACUAGAGAUGGCGUACAAGAAAGGAAGAUCAUGGACAGUCAAUCAGUCCAACAGUGACAUGUACGAGGUCCACUCACACCCAUCUGUUCUGGUGGACAUUGGUAGGCGUACAUGCUCAUGUUUCCAAUUGCUGAUCAAUGGGCUUCCUUGCGAACAUACAGUGGUCUCUAUCCGCAACAGCGGCAGUGAUUUGAAUGCAUUGGUUGACCCUUAUUUCCACGUCACCAACUACCAAUCAUCAUACUCCGAAGCUAUAUUUUUUAUACCAACAGUUGAGAAACCAUAG